UAAUUGUUGGUAGACUUUUCAAAGGCACUGGUGCCGUAUGCGGAAGAUUUACUCACAAGUCGUUUGGCUGUCUGUCCACUAGUCUUAACUGGAAGCCUUUCUUGACUCUGUUCGACACAAUUACAAUUUUUUUUUUUUUUUUUUUUGGAUCAUUAACGGAAGCAAGAAAGAACAUCAAUCUGUGCCUCUGGCGGCCUACCAUAAAAAAACUUAAAGAUUAUGAAGUUUUACUUCCACACAUGGAUUCGCAGUGAAGGUUUUGAAUAGUAUUAGGGCCAUGAGGUGUUUCCAAUUCCAUAAUGGAGACAAAAAGGAGGAACCAAAGACCACAAAAUCAAAUUCUGCCAAAUCCUCAUUUACUGAUCGAGAAAUGAGGCAAUCUGGAUCCGAUUGUAAUUCCCAGGAUGUAUCAGACACUAGCACUGGGUCCAGAGGAAGAAGCCAAUUUCCAGUUUUGUCUGACAGGCCCAGUAAUCUCAGGGCUUUUACUUUUUCUGAGCUGAAAGAGGCGACAAAAAAUUUCAACCGGUCUACCAAGCUUGGAGAGGGUGGGUUUGGAUGUGUUUUUAAGGGCACGGUUAAUAUUUCUGAAGAUCCAGCUAACAAAGUUGAUGUGGCAAUAAAACAACUAGGUCGAAGAGGACUACAGGGUCAUAAAGAAUGGGUGACAGAAGUAAAUGUCCUUGGUGUGGUUGAACAUCCAAAUCUUGUGAAACUCAUUGGCUAUUGUGCUGAGGACAAUGAGAGAGGAAUUGAAAGGCUUUUGGUAUAUGACUACAUGCCUAAUGGAAGCGUGGAAGAUCAUUUAUCAGCUAGGUCAGAGACAUCCCUCCCUUUGGCUAUGAGGCUGAAGAUAGCCCAAGAUGCUGCUCGUGGCUUAGUAUACCUGCAUGAAGAAAUGGAUUUUCAGAUCAUCUUCAGAGAUUUCAAGUCUUCUAAUAUUCUUCUAGAUCAGCAAUGGAAUGCUAAGCUAUCAGACUUUGGAUUGGCUCGGUUGGGCCCUCCAGAAGGACUAACACAUGUAUCAACAGCGGUUGUGGGAACCUUGGGGUACGCAGCUCCUGAAUACAUUCAAACUGGUCGUCUAACAUCCAAGAGUGAUGUGUGGAGCUAUGGGGUCUUUCUCUACGAACUAAUUACAGGUAGACGACCACUGGAUCGAAAUCGUCCCAGAAGUGAGCAGAAGCUCUUAGAAUGGGUAAAACCGCAUUUAUCCGAUGCUAAGAAGUUUCAGUUGAUAUUGGAUCCAAAGCUUGAAGGUAAGAAUGCGCUAAAAUCUGCACACAAGCUCUCACUUGUAGCCAAUCGUUGCUUGGCCAGACUCCCAAAAACACGCCCAAAAAUGAGCGAGGUUUUGGAAAUGGUGAAUAAAGUUGUGGAGGCAUCAACAGGGACAGGCAAUCCUCAACCAACUCUAAGGAGUACAGAGUCAAUGUCAACUUUCGAGGAAACUGAAGCUAAAAGCAAAAGGAGGUUUACGGAUGUGAAAAUAGGAGAUGCUGGCUGGUUGGUUCGUAUGUGGUCAAUAAAGCUCGUGAAGACGUGCUGAUUGUGAAAUAAUUGCUAUUUUCUUUGGUUUUCAGAUAUACACAAGAAUGUUAGAUAGUAGAGAGAUUGUAAUGGAUGUUACAGAGACGAGAAAAGCUUGUCGUCUUACUAUCUGUAAACUUUACAAAAUCUGGAUGGAUGGAAAUGACAAUUAUGUUAUAUGAAUUGAGAUUCAAGGCAUUUGUUGUUGUGUUUGAGAAGCC